GUUUUUUAUUUUUCUAUAAUUUUAACCUAACUUUUUAAUCAGGUGAAAGGUUAACACGCGUGUUUUAUUUACAAGAAAUUUUAAAAAUGGGCAAAAAGAGACGAGGGCGUUCCGUUAAAAAAAACUUAAAUCAAAAUAUCGAAUCUAAUGAUCUUGUUCAAGCACCACAUUCCUUUGUUAUUCAUCGAGGAAUAUCAGGAGGAAAUACUUUAGAGUUGACUAAAGAUUUUAGGAAAGUUAUGGAACCGUUUACAGCAAAAGACUUAAAAGAAAGAAAGAAAAAUACUAUUAAGGACUUUGUUUCAAUUGCUGGUCCAUUACAUGUGUCCCAUUUAUCAAUUUUUUCACGAACAGAUCUAGGAAUGUAUUUAAAAAUAAUGCGAUUACCUAGAGGACCUACUUUAACUUUUAAAAUACACAAUUUUGCUUUAGCUAGGGAUGUUAUAUCUUCUCUAAAAAAACAAAGAGUGGUUGAUGCAGCUUUUAAGCAUUCCCCUUUAAUCGUUUUAAACAGUUUUAGUGGUGAGGGAUUACACUUUAAAAUGAUGGCUACUAUGUUGCAAAACAUGUUUCCAACCAUAAAUUUGCCAAAAGUUGAUUUGAACACAAUUCGAAGAUGUGUUUUAUUAAAUUAUAAUCCUACUACUAAAUUAAUAGAUUUUAGACAUUAUAAUAUUAAAAUUGCUCCUGUUGGUGUAUCUAGGGGUGUCAAAAAAGUAGUGCAAGGAAAAGUUCCUAAUCUAGCUAACUGUAAUGAUAUUACAGAAUUUUUUACAAGGGCAGGCAUGAUGUCUGAGAGCGAAGCUGAAGAUGAUCCACAAAAUCAUGUGGUUUUAGCACAAAAAAUAGCAUCUAGAGGAAAUGUGGAAUCUGGGAAAUCUGCUAUAAGGCUAAGUGAAUUAGGUCCAAGACUAACUUUACAGUUGAUAAAAAUUGAAGAUGGUCUUCUAGAUGGAGAAGUUCUAUACCAUGAGUUGAUACAUAAAACUGAAGGAGAAAAAGAAGAAAUAGAAAUAAAAAGAGAACAAAAAAGAAAAUUAAAAGAAAAGAGGAAGAAAACACAAGAAGCUAAUAAAAAGGCAAAGGAUGAAACUAAACAGAAAUUAAAGGAUCAAUCAAUUAAGGGUAUGCAAAGAAAAGGAAUUUAUCCUAAAACAGCUGAAGAAGAUACUGCAUAUAAUCAGGAGGAAGAUGAUGAUAUUCAAUAUUAUAAAGAUGAUGUAGGCAAAGAUCCCGAUAAAGACUUGUUUCCAUCUAAGACUGGAGUUAAAAGAAAGUAUGCCCCUUUACACUAUAAAAGUAAAAAGAUGAAAGUACAUGAGACGGACAACAAAUCUACAUAUAAAAAGUCGCAUACUAAUGAGAAGAAAAAAGAGUUUAAAACCACAUUUAGAGGAAAAAAUAAACUUAAUAAAGACAAAAUUAAUUCAAAGAAUAGGGACCAAAGACCUAUUGGAGGAAAUUUUGCAAAUAAAUCAAAAAGCAAAAAGAAUUUUAAAACUAAAAAUAGACGAUAAGUAAAAAAGAUUUAUUAAAAAUAAAAAAACAUUAAUUAUUGUUUGUUUUUUCAUAUUUUUCUCUAUUUUCUUGCCUAGUUUUAGCUUCUUUCAUUCUCCUAUCCUUCCUAGUUUCUUCUCUGGCAAUAUAAUACCUUUCUCUGAAGUCAGAUAUUUCUGAUUCAAAAAACUGUAAUUCUUCAGCAGUCGGCUCUCUAAUCUUUUCAAAUGUCAAUAAUCUCCUAGAAGUAACUUUUGACAAACCCUGUUCACAGUUGCCAGUUAGGGUAAAACAGGGAUGUGAGGGUAAGCAUUUUUCAUUAUAGUCCUCUCUAAAAUCAGUUCUUAAAUUAUAU